AUGUUGAUGCUGAGGUUGCUGAGCAAAAGCCGAGGACAUCAAGCGGUUCGAUUUUCAUCUCACUUCAAAUUCCAGGGAUUCUCGGCCGAUCCAAGUUUAGGUGGGUGUCUAAAACAAUAUUGCUUUGGUUUUUAGGGAAAAUGACAGUUGGUCUUUGAUGUUUGGUUCUAAAUAGGUUGAAUAUGACCUGACACAGGUUAUGAAAAAACUUUCGUGGCAUUUAUUUUCGAUUUUCUCUAAGGUCGACCUUAUUUUAGUUGAGGUACCUAAAUUAAUAUAAAUUUAAUUUUUCUCUUCAGGAGAGACCGAAAAGCUGAAUCUAUGUCAAGCCAUCAACACAUCACUUCAUCAAGCCCUCGAGGCCGAUAAAACCGCCUGCGUUUUUGGUGAGGAUGUCGCGUUUGGAGGAGUCUUUCGAUGCACUGUUGGACUAGCCGACAAGUUCGGAAAGGAUCGAUGUUUCAACACUCCGCUCUGCGAACAAGGAAUUGCUGGAUUCGGAAUAGGGCUGGCCGUCUCGGGAGCCACAUCAAUCGCCGAGAUUCAAUUCGGGGAUUACAUUUUCCCGGCCUUUGAUCAGCUCGUAAACGAAGCCGCAAAAUACCGCUACAGAAGUGGAAAUCUGUUCAACUGUGGUGGUUUGACAGUCCGAACAACAUGGGGAGCUGUUGGGCAUGGCGCACUCUACCAUUCACAGUCUCCAGAGGCCUAUUUCAGCCAUACGCCGGGAUUGAAGGCAAGUGUAAUAUAAAUUUUGUUGAAUUUUAGGUUAAAAAAUGGCUUGAUGUCGAGAAAUAAGUUUGUUUUGCAGAUAGUAGUCCCCAGAGGUCCUAUUCAAGCCAAAGGACUUCUGUUAUCUUGCAUUCAAGACCCCAAUCCAUGCAUCUUUUUCGAGCCAAAGGUCCUGUAUAGGAAUGCCGUCGAAGAGGUUCCAAAAGCCCCAUAUACAAUCGAAAUUGGCAAAGCAGAGGUGUUGAGGAAUGGUAGCGACGUUUCGCUUGUUUCCUGGGGCACUCAACUGCAUGUUGUAUUAGAGGCGGCCGAAAUUGCGGAGUCUCAAAUGGGCAUCUCUUGCGAGGUGAUCGACCUGCAAAGCAUCUUGCCGUGGGAUGUGGAAACGGUCGCGAAGGUAAGAACUGGGUUUUUUGGGAAUUAUUUGAGCUAGUGAAAGGUUUAGAAUCAAAAAAUUUUUUGGUUUUCGAAAAAAUUAUAUUGUUUUAGGCCAAAGUUUUGGUUGAGGCGCUAAAAAGAACGGUUUUUUGGCAAGAUUUUGUCGUCUGAAAGCUUGAAAAUGAGAAAUAGAGCUGUUUAGAGUUAUUUUCAGCCAAUUUCCACGAAAAAUUUUUUUUUAUAUGCGGUCCGGAAACUUUUGUUCAGGAGAAGAUGACUAUUAUUACUCUGACGGACCUGAUCAAGUGGCAAAAAACGUACCGUUUUGCAUGAUGACAUAUUUUUUGAAAUUACGAAUAGAAACGAGAUUUUUAGAAGAUUUGGAGGGUGUUCAGGAAUUUCCAAAAAAUGCGUCAUCAUGACACAAUUCUAAAGUGGGAUUUUUUGACAAAAAAAAUUGUUUCGGAGACAAGUUGGAGGUUGUUGUUUUAGGGAAAAAUUCUUACACAGUUUUUUUGAUACAGAUUUGAUUUGUUUUUACACUUCGGGCCUAAAAAUUUUGGGGAUCCAGACAAUUUUUUUAUUAAUAUUACAGUGACUGACUUGCUCCAGUCGCAAAAAACGUACCAUUUUGCAUCCGGGAAGCAUCAAAAAAUGUGGCAAAAUACAUCCCUCUCCAAAUGAAAAAACCCCGUUUUGAAGGCGCCCUUUUCCUCACAAAAAGAGCGGCUUUUGAAAUCGGAGUUUUUUCACUUGGAGAGGGUAUUUUGCCACAUUUUUUGACAUUUCCCGAAUGCAAAAUGGUACGUUUUUUGCCACUGGAUCCGGUCCCCCGCUGUAAUUUUAAUAAAAGGUUGUCUGGGAUCCCUAAAACUUUUAGGGCUGAAGUGUAAAAAACAAAUCAAAUCUGUAUCAAAAAACUGUAAGAAUUUUUCCCUAAAACAACAACCUCCAACUUGUCUCCGAAACAAAUUUUUUGUCAAAAAAUCCCACUUUAGAAUUGUGUCAUGAUGACACAUUUUUUGGGAAGGCCUGAAAACCGUCCAAAUCUACUAAAAAUCGAAUUUCUAUUCAUAAUUUCAAAAAAUCACUUUCAAAAAACAUGUCAUCAUGACGGAUUUUCUAGAGCUUUAUUGUAAAAUACGAUGUUUGAUGACUUUCUUUCAAAAUUUUUAUUGAGCUUUUCCAACUUUAAACCUGCUAUUUUCAGAGCGUGGUAAAGACUGGCCGCCUCCUCGUCUCCCACGAAGCCCCACUCACUUCGGGAUUCGCCGCGGAAAUCGCGUCGACGAUUCAAAAGGAAUGCUUCUUGAAUUUGGAGUCCCCAAUCGAACGAGUUUGCGGAUGGGACACCCCAUUCCCACACAUCUUCGAACCGGUCUAUUUGCCGACCAAAUGGCGAGUCGUCGAAGCCAUUCAGCGCUCUGUGAAUUAUUAG